CGACUCGGCCGAAACAACCUGUUCUCUCUCUCUCUCUCUCUCUCUACAGAGAAAUGGCUACCAAAACAGCUUCUUCAAUGGCUUCCAAAGCAGCUUCGAUUCUCCUCCUCUUACUCCUCCACAGCGCAACCCAUGCAAGCCCAAUCAAAACUGUCGUCGUGCUCGUCAUGGAGAACCGGUCCUUCGACCACAUGCUCGGCUGGAUGAAGCAAAUCAACCCGGAAAUCAACGGCGUCGACGGCACCGAGUGGAAUGCUCUGUCCGUCACUGACCCCAACUCCAAGCGCUUCUUCUUCAACAACCAGUCCCACUAUGUCGACCCAGAUCCCGGCCACUCCUUCCAAGCCAUACGCGAACAAAUUUUCGGUUCCGAUAACACCGUCGCCGAUCCGGCUCCCAUGAACGGCUUUGCCCAACAGGCCUACUCUAUGGAUAACACCACCAACAUGUCUCAGAGUGUCAUGAAUGGCUUCCAACCAGACAAGGUCGCCGUGUAUAAAGCACUCGUUUCGGAAUUUGCAGUGUUUGACAGGUGGUUUGCUGCCAUACCCACCUCAACACAGCCAAACCGGCUUUACGUGCACUCAGCAACUUCAGCAGGCUUAAUCAGCAACGUUGCUCGGCUCCUCGAAAAGGGAUUCCCACAAAGAACGAUCUUCGAGAACCUGGACGACGCCGGAAUAUCCUUCGGAAUAUACUUCCAGAACGUCCCCACCACGCUGUUCUACAGGAACCUAAGGAAGCUCAAGUACGUUAGCAGGUUCCACGACUACGACACAUUGUUCAAGAGGCAUGCAAAGGAAGGCAAGCUCCCGGGCUACGUUGUCGUGGAGCAGCGCUACUUCAACCUCAAAGUGUCCCCGGCCAACGACGACCACCCGUCGCACGACGUGUACGAGGGGCAGAGGUUUGUGAAGGAGGUGUACGAGACGCUCAGAGCCAGCCCGCAGUGGAACCAGACCCUUUUCUUGAUCACGUACGACGAGCAUGGUGGGUUCUACGAUCACGUCCCUACGCCCGUGCGUGGGGUCCCCAACCCGGACGGGAUCGUGGGGCCCGAGCCCUUUAACUUCAAGUUUGAUCGAUUGGGCGUUAGGGUCCCUACCAUCGCCGUCUCACCUUGGAUUGAGAAGGGCACUGUUGUUCAUGGGCCCAAUGGUUCACCAUUUCCAACAUCAGAAUUUCAUCACUCAUCGAUUCCAGCAACAGUGAAGAAGCUUUACAACCUGUCCUCACCGUUUCUAACCAAGAGGGAUGAAUGGGCAGGCACAUUCGAAGCUAUAGUCCAAACAAGGACAGAACCCAGAACUGAUUGUCCAGAGAAACUACCUACCCCAGUGAAGAUAAAAAAUGGUGAGGCUAACGAGAAUGCCAAGCUGAGUGAAUUCCAGCAAGAGCUGUUGCAGCUGGCGGCAGUCCUAAAAGGAGACCAUACCCUCACAAGUUACCCAGAAAAGAUAGGGAAGGAAAUGAAUGUGAGGGAAGGGAAAGAAUACGUAGAUGAUGCAGUGAAACGCUUCUUCGAGGCUGGGCGUCUUGCUAAGAGGAUGGGAGUUGAUGAAGAACAAAUUGUCCAAAUGAGGCCCUCUCUCACUACAAGGCCAUCAAAAUCUUCAAGCAAAAGCCCUUGAGAGGAUGCUGUACGAGUCUACGAGAGAGACUGUAAAAUGUGCAGAACAAACAACAAUUGCUUAGAUACAACUACAUAGAAAGGGGAAUUCAAAAAAGGAAAUAGGCAAGGCAACUGAUUUAAUAAAAUUUCAGUGUCAAGCCAGGAAUUCUUUUUUGAAA